GCUUUUUUGAGGAGUUUUGAGGCAUUCAAGCAGAUCAAGAGCCUCUGGUGAUCAUGGGAGCCGCUUCGAGCCGUCCCCGCGUCGAUGCCCUUCGAGAUCUCGGACGGCGAGCGGCGGAGAGUGAGGCUGUCGGCCUCAUCCAAGAGGGGGACGGGCGGAUCUUUCGUCUGUCCUCUUUAGCGAGAAAGGAGGGGGGCGUCCACGUUUAUCGAGGCACCUUCCAAGGUAGGGAGCUGGGCUGCAUGGGCUGCGGUUGGGCGCAUUGUGGGCAUUGGAAAGCGAUGCGUUCAUUCAUCUCCCUGACGUGUGGCGAUGUGUGUGUUUGCAGGCAAGGAUGCCUGUUUCAAAAUCGUGUUUGUGGACGCCCCUCCCGGCCGAGCGGCCCUCAAGACGCUGCAGGAGGAGGCCGGCAAGCUACUGCAUGCUGCCCGCAACGGAGGCCUACAACGGCAUGGUGGCGUGUUUGUGGAGCUCUGGCACUCGUGCUGCCAGGAGCCGGCCACCCUCAAGGGCCUCCCACGCGGAAGAAGUCGGGACUGUGCCUUCAUCGUCACGCCGUGGCUGCUCAGUGAGUCACAGGCCACUUGACCUCAUCGGGUGUCCCAUGUGGUUAUGUGGUGUUUGCUUUGUGCUUGUCAAACUUGCAGUCGACUGUGACCCCGCCAAAGGAGAUUACAUUUCGAUGGGCAGCUUCGUGCGCAUCUUCAACAUGGAGGCCAUCAGCAGCCGCUACAUGCCCUCGACCAGCGACAAACAGGAGGAGCAGAUGAUGCUGGAGGUGCUCAUUCUGCUGAGGGGCGCCUCCAUCUUCAUCAGGACGCACCGCGCCGCCAUCCGCUCCGGCCUCCUCGCCAUCAACAGCUGCCCCGACAGUGUCUUGCUGUCGUGGGAUGCCCUAGUGCGGCCUGUCCUCGACGACCACGUGCCGGGCACUGGGGGGGUGAUGGCUGACGUUGCCGGCAUGCUAUACGCUGAGGAUAUGACGACUCCCACCACAUGCCUCAACGUCGGCAACCAUGCCGCCCGCCUUCCCCUCAGCCUCCCCAUGAGGUCGUGGGCGCCCCACGCCAUCGCCCCCGAGCUCGCCCUUCCUCUCGUCGCCUCAUGUGCGCAAGACCAGCGCGGCCACAAGUGGAGGGAGCUCUUCGGGCUCGAUCGGCGGCGAGAUGGCGACAAGAGGCUGAUGGCCGAGCUGCUCGACAGUGCCCAAGAGAUGGCAGGCUCUCUGGUGGCUGAGGGGUUGCUGCGGCGUGAUGAGGGCUGCAUGCUGGUCGGCUUCCCCACCAUCUCAUUCGCCGUCGGCCAGGUGCUGCGGCACUGCGUGAGUGGGGCGUCGUACGAGGACCUCACCGAGACAGCCGAGAGGGCACGGCUGCGGCGGGCGGUGCGAAGGCGAUGGCGGUGGCCACACAAGCAGCUGGUGGGCCGCUACGAGGCCGCAUGCUUCCGAGAUGAGGCACUUGCGGCACUCAACUGGUCUGAGGAGCUGCAGUACCUCGUCGGUCGCGACGGUCAGCCAUGCGGCCUCGUCGGUGGGCAGCCCACGCUCCAGCAGCGGGCUGACGACGACUGGGGAGCGGGGCUGAAUUGGUCUAUGGCGAUUGCCAAGAAGGUCGGGCAUCUCGCCUUCAUGUGCCUGCAGACCCAUAUGGCCUUCCGACCAGCCCUGAAGGACAUCCUCAAGCCACUCGUCAGCCUGGAGCGGCAGCUGUGUGGCGACAUCGACCGCACCAUCCGAAUGCACAAAAAUAUAGACGUAAGGCCGCGACGAGAAGUAGAGAAGAGUUACCAUUCUGUGUGCGUGCAUGUAUUGUGUGGGUGUGUUGAUUGGUGCAGGUGUGGUUGGAGAAAAUCACAAGAAAUGCCGAGCCUCCAUGUAGCCAGCACCCUCAUGAGGCCGACACCGUCCCCGCCAGCCCAUCGGAAGAGGGCUCCCUCGAUGGGGAUGCCUUCAACAAGCCCGCCCCUAUUCCCCUCCUUCCCCCACUCCACCACGACCUCUGUCAGCUGUCAACCGCCGAAGAGCCACGUGGGAGGCGGGGGGUCCGCCAGUGCAUUGCCAGCCUGUGGCGAUGGUAUCGGAACAGACCCCAAGAAAGCCGGCUGCGGCGAGUAGCUCAAGGGUAUGGGGUCGAUUAGGGAGAGGUUUGCGUUUGGCGAAUGCGAGUGGCAGCUGCUCAGUGAAUGAACUCAUGCGGGCGACUAGCUCUUGCCUGCCUGCCUGCCUGCCUGCCUGAUUCAAAGACGGAUUGCUGCUUGUCGAUCGACUUGAUGAGAAAGACGGAUGGCUACUCGGUACGAUGGCU